AUGCUGGAGCCCGCUUCUGCCGAUGGACCCUCUUCUUCAGGACCUCCAGCUUUUUUCAGCUCUGCGUCGGACAAGCGUCGGACAGUUGCAUUUUGCAUUCCCUGCGGGACACACGGAAGCCUCAAGGGCGAGAGCUACAAGUUCAAAGAGCCGCAGACCAAGGUAACGGAUGGACAUCGUUUUUGGCACAUGCGUUGGUUUGUGGACUUCCUCGGAGGACACGAGUCUCGAAAUUUCCUCGCAGGCAGUGUGUCGACGUUCAGGAACAAGCUCUUCACGAUUGCAUGGCCCUGCUGGACAGACACGGAGGACGCUCUGAAAAAAGAGAUCGAGUCGCACUUUCUCCAGAGUUCGUUCUCCCUCCUCAAGCAGCAGGAGCACGCUGCAAACGCCGAGAAGAAGGGCACCAAACGAAAGGCAUCCUCGCAGCAGAUGCAGGACGACAUGGAGGACGACAACGAGCAAGCGGACAAUGAGGAGCACACGGGUGACCAGAUGGAAGAGGUAGCAGCUGGACGAAGCACACGUUGUACAGAGUUUGCCACGUCGAGCUUUGCAACGAUUGUUCUUUUGCAUCAAUGGCACCAGGGUAUGCGCAAAGAUGCCAAAUGGAAGAAGCCGGCAGAGGAGGUAUCCAAGCUGGCCGGGGAGUUGCUUCAAGGCCUCGCUUCCUUGUUCCUGCAGACCCCGCAGGACUUCUCAUUCACGUGGGACGGAAACACUCUGGUGCUGCCGUUCAAAGGAGGUUCGCUGGACGUGGACGAGGUUGUACUGCAAAACAGUUUACUUGCUAAAGUACUACACCGCGAUCGUUCCCGAUUCAUGGACGUGCUGCAGGAUGUGAAUGUGGACUGCACCCGUCGGACAAUUGGAGACACUCGCAAGUCAUCUAGUUUGAGGACGAAGUACUACUUGUUGGCGGCUUUGGCACGUGCCAUGGAUUCGUCGGACGACACGCAUUCCUGCUGGACAUCUUUGAAUGUGAAGCAAGUGAUGAGCACCUCCGGAUAUCGUCGGUCGUCCACGAGUUUUCGACAAGAGGACAGCAGCGAACAGCAGGACGAACAAAAGAUCAAGAAGCACGCUUCUAUGGACGCACACAGGCUAGCACGCAUGGAGCGAUACGCCUAUGUCACGCAGGGCAAGUCAGAUUUCCUCUCGACGGACAUUUUGUGCGUGGUGGCAGAUGCAGUGCACGUGGGAAGUGACGAUUGGCUGAACAUCAUGGUGUACAACCACACGACGGACAAAGUUUGGGUCUGCCCGCCGCAGGUCCAGAAAUCGUCCGUCUUGUCGGCUGAGCAGUGGAAAGCUAUGUGGAACAAGGCUUCCAAGAAGUUCCUCGGGAUCGAGAAACCCGUUGGACCUGGUCAUGCGGAGGACCGGCUGGCCACACUGUCUUGGAUGCAGGACAUAAACCACGGCUUGCGCCCCAUUGGCUGGACUUUUGGCUGCUGCCAGAGCACGCCGGCCGGCCCCGCGGAGGACGACACGAAGGCUAAACGUGCACCGAUCAUGAUUUUGUGCACCGACCAAGAAGCAACACAGCUGGCGGCUGUCUCCUUCUUGAGGAACAAAAAGAGCCUCUGGAUCGAACACGUCUCGGACCCCGCCCACAGGUCGCACAACGACGUGGCUUUGGCCUUGUCGGACAACAUGGACCCCUCGGACCCGAUAUUGCUCCUUUUCUUCCCGGACAUUCUGCUGGACGCCGGCCUCUCCCCCCUGGACGACAACACGGAGGAGAAACGCAGGUCGUUUUUGCAGACAUUACCCGACAUGGACUGCAUCCGCAUCAAGGGCACGAAGGCCAGCAAGAGUCGGUUCAAUUCCCUGACGACGGCCCACAGCGCGCUGGACAAAGAGUGGUCGGUCUUGGCUUUAGUUCUCACGGUGGUCUGCUUGGAGCACAACUGGGCAGUUUCCACUAAGGACCUCUUCUCGCAGGACAGCAACCAGGCCCGUGCCUCGGUUCCAUAUGGUGGAAGCAAUUCUUCUGCCAUACAGGAGGCCAAGCAAGGCAUGGACCAGGAGCGGAAGGGCAGCGCGAACAGUCUACACUUAAUGACGAAGUUCGUGAUCUCGCAGGACAACAAGACGACAGCCAGGAUGAUGUUCCAGGUCUUGCAACCCGAAGAGCUUCGUUGUUCGCUCAUGCUCAAGCAGCUGCGUUCCAAAGGCAUGACGAAGGACUACUACUCUGCCUGGGCACACUGGUCUUGGAUGAGCACUGCAAAGGACCACGUCAGGACUUUGUCGAAUUUGGAAGGUUUAUCUCGUGUCGGCCUCGACCUGACACUGGCACGCGCACAACCCCCGGAGGAGACAGAGCUUGUCUGGCAGGACUCGCUCGCAGGCCAAAUGACGCAGUUGACACUACAGAUCCUGCGGCUGCGGGCCGGGGCACAGCUGUACCAUACUGGAGGUUUCGGUGCGACCGCAGGACUAGUCCAUGCUGAAGAGCAGACACGCACAGUGGUGGUUCUCGUAUGGCAAAAAUUGCUCGAAGGUCAUUUCUCCCAAGGGCCGAUUAGUCGGUACAUCCUCGCCGAUCUUUGCACUACCCGGUUUCAGAGCCUUACGGAGGACGUUGCACACGUAUUGACCAGCAUUUGGUCGGGCCUCUUGAACACGAAGAUCAUCGAAGACUGUAAUAAAGUCCAGCGCGAGGCCGAGCAACGACAUUCGUCGUCGAAGGACUUGGGUCGUUUGGACGGAUGGAAGGCUGUGACCCAACAGGCCGUGGUCAAGAUGUACGAGAGGGUGGAGGCACUGUCAACGGAGCUCUACCACACGCCGGCAGCGUUUGACGUGGCCAAACUGUUCUGCAAAGACACCGAGAAGAAGAAGAUUCAAGCAGUUCGUCGUCGUUCCGAUUCGUCGGUCAGCACGCAGGUCAGUGCCUCGGAGGUGCAGGAAGCACAGCUUCUUGCAGACGUGACGAAGACGAGGGACUGGGUCUACCACAACCACGCCGAGGAACAGGAGGUUUUGGCUGCCUUCAGUUUACUGAUGAAGGCGUGGAGGGCCAAGCGAUGGUCGCUUUGUGAAGAAGGUUGGUGCUCUGGACUUUUGCCCGAAGGAAAUGUUGUACUGGCAGGUGCAGACCCGUUGUUCAUCGUUCGGACAUACCGUUUGGCUGCACUCGCAUGGCCCGGCAAGAUCGUUAAGGACAAGGACCAUGAGUUUUUCGAAUUCAACAUGGGCGUUCGGUCUCUCUUUUGGAUGCACAGCACAUCUUUGGACUUGGAAGUGUUGCGGCUGCGAGUUGUUUCACCUCUGCGUCGUUCCACGCAGGGCAGCCACCUCAACAACGGCAUCGUGUUUUUUGUGGACAAGAAGAUGGGCACGUUGGACUUUCACGCCGAGCAGGGUGUGGACGCAGGACAUCAGCUGGCUGUUGCCGCCAUGCUCAACAUGGACAACUCGUUGGUCGAAGAGGACGUGGUUCAACGAAUCCUGGCAAGGCAUCAGACUGACAAGUGGAUGCCGGAGGUCGACGACAAGGACUUGGAAGCCGUCGUUCGGGACACGCUGCUCAUUGGCGAGCAGGACAAGGCCCUCAAGGAGCUCAGUGCCCGUCGGUCCACGGUUUCGGCCAAAAGUCUACGACCCAAGGUAUGCACGAUGUACAAGAACGCCGUCUCGGACCUGGACAAGGACUUUUGGAAGGCCGGACAGGACACACGCCGACGCAAGACUCAGAAGGCCGAGAAGAACAGCAAAAAGCUAAAGCAGCAGUACGACCGGGUGUACGCAAAGCUGAAUGCCACGACGGACGAGCUUGUGAAGAGCAUGGUUCCUGAUACUGUACAGGUUUGGACGGACCCAAAGAAUGGUUGGUCAUGGGUGGAGCACCACGAAGGACGUGACCCACCCGAAAACUUGCAGGAGCGAUUGACAAGGCACAACCGAAAGGACCUCCGUGACGAGUACACACGCAAGGCCAGGCAGGGCUACCAGGAGAAUCGGGUCCAACGCGAAGAAUUUCGACAGGCCAAACACACGGAAGUUCCCCCCGCUUCGUUCAUGGACAGAGAACUGCCGGACGUCGCAGAGUCGCAGGACUUCGACGGUCGUGGCAUUUUUCUCUACACGGCCGAGGACCCACUGGUGCAGGAGAAACAUAUGGGUCGCGGCACGUACGGGGAGAUUUUCGCUUGCACGUACCAGGGCCUGAAGUUAGCCUUGAAAGUGGCCGUUCGCGCGCCGGACAGGGAGACUGCACUGUUGGACGUGCACCAAGACGGUCUCGAAAAGACGUGGGACUUGACCCGUGAGUUCACUCUUUUGAGCCAGAUAGGACCUCAUCCGAAUGUUCUGCGACUCUAUGCCUUGCUGACAUCCUCGACUGGGCACACGGGAAUUCUAAUGGAGCGGGCUUCCUGCGACCUCUUGAAGGCCACACGGGACUUGAAGACGGACGACCUUCAGGACGAGGUCAUAUUCGAUUUUCGUGCGCUGGACUAUUACCUCGCGUCGGUCUGUGGGAUGGAAGACCCAAGUACCAUCCUGCAGCGUAAUCUCGAUUAUUGCGAGCAGCUGCCGUCGAACUGUUUGGACUGCCUUCCGCCGGACAGUGACUCGCAGGAGGAUUUGCAGUGCUUCCUCGCCGAUCUGAGCCUUGCGCAGGCAUAUUAUUUCCGCACUGGACAACCCGACAGGAUGCCCGAAUGGCGCACCGAAUGGCUCUCGACUGUCUUUGUACCCGAACACUCGCCGUACGACACGCAGCAGAAAUGGGCGGACAGGCUCUGCUUCAAGCAGAUACUCGGGGCGGCCCAGCGCAGGACAGACAACGCCCUCUCCGCCGGACUCCAUUCCCCGCUGUUCGGUUCCCGACACCCGCAAUCGUGGCUGGUCGAGAUGCUGAACCGCGACUGGGAGGCCUACCCGGUGGCCGUCCCCGUUCCCUGGCAGGGCCACAUGUACUACGCGGUGUCGUCGCACAACGCGUCGGACUUGUACUUCUGCAUCACGAAGGGCCCCGACGGUGACACGAUCGACUUUCAGUGCAUCGGACUGUUUCUCAAGAAACUCGAACUUGACUUCGUGCAGUCUUAUCAUCCUUCCCCCGUCGUUCUUCCUCGACGGACCUUGCCCAGCAUGCCUCGUGAUGCCGGCCCCCGCAAGCCCACCCUCAAGCAGCUGGCGAAGCAGAAAGCGAAGGACAUCAAGACCCGGGAGCGCAACGAGGCGACGUUCGCAUCCGCCGUUCAGCACUCCAAAAGCACCAUACUCGACGUGGACAUGCGGUUCAUUCAAGACACGCUGACCCAGAACCCGACUUGGAUUUCUCCACUCGCUGGUCUGAUCCGCUCGGGCUCGUUGAAUGGUCUUCUGAAGGACGUUGCCAAGAAGGAGGAGACCGGUGGACUGAGAUGGAAGGGCAAGUGCACCAAAUGGGGCAGUUUGCCGCUUGAGAUGGCGAGCUUAAUGCUCAAGCAUUGCGGUGUGGAGCUCGCGGAGGACGUACAGAAGGACGAACCCGUCGUACGGACCCUCUUCGAGAUCCAGUUCUGGGCAGCCAAGUCGGCGUCCUUGCCAUCUCGUGCGGACAUUCGCUAUCAGUCCACGUUGGUCAAGUUAGCGAGGGCCCGCAUGGAGGACGUUGGUCGCAACUACAUAGCUGCGGUGAACUCGGCGGAGGCUAUCAGUGUUGACCGGGACAGGUACAACAUCUGGUCACUUGAGAACAACACGUUGUACUGCCACGUCUUUGCCACACAAGAUGGACACCCUCGCCGUUCCCGCUCGGAGUUCGUACCCAACGAGUCGUACCUCAGCCACGAGCUUCCUACUCUCCCGGACAACAAGACGUGGCAAUUGGACGACCCUUUUGCGGUGGACUGUGUCAUUUCAGAUGGACAGCAUAACUCGUUGUUCAGUUUUGAAUGCGCGAGUUUCUUUCCUACUUUGCCGGACAUGAAGGCCAAGUGGACCUUCGACUUGUCGUCGGACGCAGACACCACGGCUGGCCUCGGCGACAAUGUGCCGCAGGGCACCCCGUCGGUCCGGCACGAGUUUCACUGGGGCCGUGAAGCCGGACCUCCAGCUUUUUUCAGCUCUGCGUCGGACAAGCGUCGGACAGUUGCAUUUUGCAUUCCCUGCGGGACACACGGAAGCCUCAAGGGCGAGAGCUACAAGUUCAAAGAGCCGCAGACCAAGGUAACGGAUGGACAUCGUUUUUGGCACAUGCGUUGGUUUGUGGACUUCCUCGGAGGACACGAGUCUCGAAAUUUCCUCGCAGGCAGUGUGUCGACGUUCAGGAACAAGCUCUUCACGAUUGCAUGGCCCUGCUGGACAGACACGGAGGACGCUCUGAAAAAAGAGAUCGAGUCGCACUUUCUCCAGAGUUCGUUCUCCCUCCUCAAGCAGCAGGAGCACGCUGCAAACGCCGAGAAGAAGGGCACCAAACGAAAGGCAUCCUCGCAGCAGAUGCAGGACGACAUGGAGGACGACAACGAGCAAGCGGACAAUGAGGAGCACACGGGUGACCAGAUGGAAGAGGUAGCAGCUGGACGAAGCACACGUUGUACAGAGUUUGCCACGUCGAGCUUUGCAACGAUUGUUCUUUUGCAUCAAUGGCACCAGGGUAUGCGCAAAGAUGCCAAAUGGAAGAAGCCGGCAGAGGAGGUAUCCAAGCUGGCCGGGGAGUUGCUUCAAGGCCUCGCUUCCUUGUUCCUGCAGACCCCGCAGGACUUCUCAUUCACGUGGGACGGAAACACUCUGGUGCUGCCGUUCAAAGGAGGUUCGCUGGACGUGGACGAGGUUGUACUGCAAAACAGUUUACUUGCUAAAGUACUACACCGCGAUCGUUCCCGAUUCAUGGACGUGCUGCAGGAUGUGAAUGUGGACUGCACCCGUCGGACAAUUGGAGACACUCGCAAGUCAUCUAGUUUGAGGACGAAGUACUACUUGUUGGCGGCUUUGGCACGUGCCAUGGAUUCGUCGGACGACACGCAUUCCUGCUGGACAUCUUUGAAUGUGAAGCAAGUGAUGAGCACCUCCGGAUAUCGUCGGUCGUCCACGAGUUUUCGACAAGAGGUUGCGAGUUCAUCGAAUGCCACACGCAGGACACUUACCUCCACAUUGCAAGGACAUGCGUUCACCGUGCAGGACAGCAGCGAACAGCAGGACGAACAAAAGAUCAAGAAGCACGCUUCUAUGGACGCACACAGGCUAGCACGCAUGGAGCGAUACGCCUAUGUCACGCAGGGCAAGUCAGAUUUCCUCUCGACGGACAUUUUGUGCGUGGUGGUCCAGAAAUCGUCCGUCUUGUCGGCUGAGCAGUGGAAAGCUAUGUGGAACAAGGCUUCCAAGAAGUUCCUCGGGAUCGAGAAACCCGUUGGACCUGGUCAUGCGGAGGACCGGCUGGCCACACUGUCUUGGAUGCAGGACAUAAACCACGGCUUGCGACCCAUUGGCUGGACUUUUGGCUGCUGCCAGAGCACGCCGGCCGGCCCCGCGGAGGACGACACGAAGGCUAAACGUGCACCGAUCAUGAUUUUGUGCACCGACCAAGAAGCAACACAGCUGGCGGCUGUCUCCUUCUUGAGGAACAAAAAGAGCCUCUGGAUCGAACACGUCUCGGACCCCGCCCACAGGUCGCACAACGACGUGGCUUUGGCCUUGUCGGCCGCUGGACUCCUGAAGUUCUGCACGUGCAUCUCGCUGUACAACAUCAGGUAUGGACCCUGGCAGAAGGGCUCGUGGGCGUUGAAGAUCCAGCAAGCCGCAAAUCGCAUGAAGGACAACAUGGACCCCUCGGACCCGAUAUUGCUCCUUUUCUUCCCGGACAUUCUGCUGGACGCCGGCCUCUCCCCCCUGGACGACAACACGGAGGAGAAACGCAGGUCGUUUUUGCAGACAUUACCCGACAUGGACUGCAUCCGCAUCAAGGGCACGAAGGCCAGCAAGAGUCGGUUCAAUUCCCUGACGACGGCCCACAGCGCGCUGGACAAAGAGUGGUCGGUCUUGGCUUUAGUUCUCACGGUGGUCUGCUUGGAGCACAACUGGGCAGUUUCCACUAAGGACCUCUUCUCGCAGGACAGCAACCAGGCCCGUGCCUCGGUUCCAUAUGGUGGAAGCAAGUCUUCUGCCAUACAGGAGGCCAAGCAAGGCAUGGACCAGGAGCGGAAGGGCAGCGCGAACAGUCUACACUUAAUGACGAAGUUCGUGAUCUCGCAGGACAACAAGACGACAGCCAGGAUGAUGUUCCAGGUCUUGCAACCCGAAGAGCUUCGUUGUUCGCUCAUGCUCAAGCAGCUGCGUUCCAAAGGCAUGACGAAGGACUACUACUCUGGCUGGGCACACUGGUCUUGGAUGAGCACUGCAAAGGACCACGUCAGGACUUUGUCGAAUUUGGAAGGUUUAUCUCGUGUCGGCCUCGACCUGACACUGGCACGCGCACAACCCCCGGAGGAGACAGAGCUUGUCUGGCAGGACUCGCUCGCAGGCCAAAUGACGCAGUUGACACUACAGAUCCUGCGGCUGCGGGCCGGGGCACAGCUGUACCAUACUGGAGGUUUCGGUGCGACCGCAGGACUAGUCCAUGCUGAAGAGCAGUUCCGUCGGGCAAGCUUGGAUUUUUUCAAAGAGAUGCAGUCUUGUAUCCAGGACACGCACAGUGGUGGUUCUCGUAUGGCAAAAAAAUUGCUCGAAGGUCAUUUCUCCCAAGGGCCGAUUAGUCGGUACAUCCUCGCCGAUCUUUGCACUACCCGGUUUCAGAGCCUUACGGAGGACGUUGCACACGUAUUGACCAGCAUUUGGUCGGGCCUCUUGAACACGAAGAUCAUCGAAGACUGUAAUAAAGUCCAGCGCGAGGCCGAGCAACGACAUUCGUCUUCGAAGGACUUGGGUCGUUUGGACGGAUGGAAGGCUGUGACCCAACAGGCCGUGGUCAAGAUGUACGAGAGGGUGGAGGCACUGUCAACGGAGCUCUACCACACGCCGGCAGCGUUUGACGUGGCCAAACUUUUCUGCAAAGACACCGAGAAGAAGAAGAUUCAAGCAGUUCGUCGUCGUUCCGAUUCGUCGGUCAGCACGCAGGUCAGUGCCUCGGAGGUGCAGGAAGCACAGCUUCUUGCAGACGUGACGAAGACGAGGGACUGGGUCUCCCACAACCACGCCGAGGAACAGGAGGUUUUGGCUGCCUUCAGUUUACUGAUGAAGGCGUGGAGGGCCAAGCGAUGGUCGCUUUGUGAAGAAGGUUGGUGCUCUGGACUUUUGCCCGAAGGACAUGUUGUACUGGCAGGUGCAGACCCGUUGUUCAUCGUUCGGACAUACCGUUUGGCUGCACUCGCAUGGCCCGGCAAGAUCGUUAAGGACAAGGACCAUGAGUUUUUCGAAUUCAACAUGGGCGUUCGGUCUCUCUUUUGGAUGCACAGCACAUCUUUGGACUUGGAAGUGUUGCGGCUGCGAGUUGUUUCACCUCUGCGUGCCUCGGCUGCAGUACAGUUGAACAUUGUCAGCCCGACACGGACAUUCUCUACAUAUAUAUUCGUCCUAUAA